AUGACUUCGCUCAAGACUUUACAAGAGGAGAUAUCGGAGUUUAUCCAAAGAGAAGAGAGUACUGUCGCUUCUAGUCAUUUCUACCCAGGCAUUGAGCUGGCGGAUUAUGAUUUCUCAAACGAAAGACACAACCCUUAUGCGACUAACCUCCUUGAAGCGACGUCAUACCUCGUCAAAGGGUGUCUCGGCAUAGGAAUACUAAGCAUGCACGAAGCCUUCAUGUUUGGUGGCAUUCUGGCGUCAACUCUAGGCGCCAUUGUGAUCGGAAUUAUCUUAUCAACUUCAAUGGCAAUGUUGGUUAAUUCAGCACAGAAGAUGUACACGACUAUUCGUGUGACACGAUUAUCUUACGCUGAUUUGUGCGAAGCCGCCAUUGCAAUAGGACCCUUGAGAAAGCUAAGAAGAUAUAGUAAAAUCUUUAGGUAUGCAGUUGAAUGUUCAGUUUUCUUACAAAUGACCGGAUCGUGCAGUAUCUAUCAAAUAGUUAUUGCUUAUACGAUUAAGACGGUCACAGAAUUCGUGAGCGCUCCAGUUAACGAGCUUCAGUUAUCAUUACGAACAUAUAUCUUCAUAAUAACUAUACCGUUAUUGUUUUUGUGCAUGAUAAGAACAUGGAAAUAUCUGGCGCCGUUUUCAAUAGUCGCCGAUUUAUUUAUGGGUAUAUGCAUCAUCACGACAAUGUUCUACAGCAUAUCUGAAGCUGGUGAUAUUAUCAAGCGACCGCUGUGGAAAACUGUCCCUGGAUUGUUCAAAUUCUUCGGCAUUUGCCUGUUCAGUAUGGACGGUAUACCUCUCGUGUUGCCCAUAGAAAACAAUAUGAGAAGUCCACAUCACGCACCGUUCGUCAUACAUUGCGGUAUGGUUAUGGUUUGUAUGGCUACGAUUGCGACCGGCUUCUUUGGAUAUUGGGGAUGGGGAGAGAAUUGCAGAAGUCCUAUCACCAUUCACAUGCCACUAGAAACAAUCCCAAUAAUUCUACAAUUUCUGGUGGCGACGAUGUUAGCUGCAACGUUUGCGAUACAAUUUUGGGUACCUUUCAGGAUAGUAUGGCGGUAUAUAGGUAAAUCACACGAUGUCGUGUUUGGGAAAAGGACCAGAUGGGAAAGAUUCUACAGAGUGAUAUACCUACUGUUUAUAACUUGCCUUUCUACAGUAUUUUCUCAGCCAGAUAACACGAUGAUUUUUCUAGGCAACUUCUUCGUGUCGUUGAAUUCGCUAAUAAUACCGGGACUUAUCGACAUUUUGGUUAUGUGCAAUGCUGGACAAAGUUCCAGGACGGUACUCAAAGACUUGUUUAUUGCUAUCUCGGGUCUAGUUUUUUGCGUUGGUGGCAUGUACUCGCUCUAUAUUUGA